AUGACCAUCUCCCACUCAGUGAGGUCACAAUGUGCACCACCAGUCCUCACGUUAGGCGGCUCCCCCAUAUUUCGUGUGUCCCACACCAAAUUGCUCGGCGUCACCCUUGACGACAAAUUGGAUUUCCACUGCCACAUCUGCGAUGUAGCGCCCAAAGCCAGGCGGUCACUGGGCUUCGUUACCCAUCUCUCUCGCGACCUUCCACCAGAGGCAUUCAGAAACCUCUACACUGCCCUCGUCUUGCCCCAGCUGGAGUUUUGCUGUGCCAUCUGGGGCCCACUGCAGCAGUCACGUCAAAAUGCCCUAGCAAGCAUUCAAAGAAGGGCUGCUUUUACGUUCCACCGCCGCAGUGCCCCCAGAAGUAGCCUCCUCAGUUACCGUGAUGUUAGCACCGACUCUGUCCUCCGCAACGCUAACUGGCGGUCGCUACAACAUCGAAGAGACGUUGCCUCCAUCCGGCUGUUUUGUCGUGUUAUGAGUGCGGACGACAUGGACUGCCCCAACAUACCACGUCUCAACAGGCGUAGCGGUCGUCUACAGCCGGUGCUGGCGCGCACUCUCCGCCACAGGAGAACGUGUCUCCUACGAGCCGCUGAACUCUGGUUGGCCCUACCCCCGGAGCUGACCCCAGUGAUUCCUAAGGACAGGGACUCUAUAAAGGAACUUUGUCAAUUGAUAUCCCGGGAAGAUGGCUGGCACCUGUGA